GUUGAUGGAAAUUGGACAUGUUAUUUUACUGUCAUGCAGUGUGAAACAUAAAUAAAGCGUAUUAAUUUUAUAAAAAUCAUGACUUAAUACUCAAGUCUAAACUGUUAAAAUGAAAUAAUAUAUUUAAAGACGUAACUGCCACUUAUACAUUUCUUUUUAAUUAAUGACAUUAUGGAUGGUUUAAUUCACGCGGCAUUGGAAGCAGAGGUAAUAUUGAACCGGGCCAAACAUGUGAAUACAAACUUAAAUUUUGACAGUGGUGUCUCUGAUCAUAAAAUGACUUGGACCCACGAGAAGUUACAUCUAGCAGAAACCGUUGACGACUCCAGGAUGAAAUUUCAACGUAACUCCGUCAGUUCCGUUGCUAAAUGUUCAGAGAAGUUUGAUCUGUACAAAAAACUUCAUGAGUUGUAUAAUGAGCUCAGUCAAGAUGAAACUUCACAAACCAACUAUCAAGGACUCAAAACUACGUCUUAUCUAUUAGAAAAGCUGUUGGCUACUUAUAAUCUAAACACUUUGAUAAUAAAUUUGUAUCCAGGAAAUAAGGGAUAUUCUUUAUCGCUAAAAGUCAAUGGAAAUACACAGUAUAUUCAUCCACCAGACUUGAGUGGCUCAUCAAGUCAAGAUGAGACUUUGAUUGAGACUCCUAGGUGGCCUUAUGAAGAAGAGGAACUCCUCAGUUACAUUGACAAUGAAGAAUUACCUGUGGUGCUUUUAGACCUCCUUGAGUCAGAACACUCAUGUCUUUUCUACUCAGGAUGCAUAAUAGCUCAAAUAAGGGAUUACAGACAGGCUUAUCCAAGUUUUUUGUGUGACACUCAUCAUGUAUUGUUAAGGCCAACAAAUCAGAGCAUAAUAACAGACGCCAUGUGUAUCGGCGGCCGCUGCGGGUGGGCGGGGGAGGAGCGCGGCGCGGUGGAGGCGGUGGAGGCGGCGCUGGUGCACGCGGCCGCGCCUCCCCUGUGUCUGGAGCCGCGCCCGGCGGUGGGCUUGCUGGCCGCCAGGCUGCAUGCCGCGCCACGACUGUUCAACACGCCGCGGAUACGACGGCAAGCGAGGAGAUUCUCACAAGUGGCUGUGAAUAGAAAGAGGAAAUUGGAUCAAUUCACACAUUACCACGGACUGGAGCUGCUAGAGUUGAUCCACCGACAGAGGGCGAAAAACAGCAGACAGUCAGUUCCUCAUACUCGACUGACUUCCAAAUAUCCUAAGAAACCACCAGAGGUGUUCAAGCCAAUAGAACCUCCAAAAAUGGAGCCUUUGCCGCUAGCGUUGCCAUCAGAACCGACGGGGCCACUACGACUCGCGCGCGCAUACGAACGCCCGCGGCCGACGCCCGACUGCCAGCCGCAGCUAGUCGAAGAGUACAUCCUAGAGACGGAGAAGACGUCCCCGCACGCCGGCGCCGGCUUCUUCCAUAUAAAACUAUCGAUAUUACAACGGCCGUCCGAUCAAGAGUUCCUAGGAGAGUUGUAUGUAGAUAGAGAUCACGUUGAGGGGGAGAGGAAUGGUGCAGCAUGUAGAUUUACAUUAGGGUCUCGACUUCAAGCUAAUAAAUAUAUACAACAGUUUACGGAGAUAUUUACAGAGGAAGGACGAAAGUCAGUUAGGAUAAAGCAUAUUGUACCUGGGCAGCUACCAAGAGUUUCAUUUACAGGAGGCAUGAGAGAAAUGUUGUUGUUACAGCAGCGGUCAGCGCAGGCGAGUAGCUCCACAGUCCAGACGCAUGCGACGACGGUGCCUGUAGUAACACCCGCAAUACAAGCCACGCCCAAUGUCCACACAAGUACAAGACAGUUGCCAAUACUGCAGGCGCAAUUGCAACAAGUAGGCAACGUCGGCAACGCAUCCGCAGUGAGCACGGUUGUCGGAAGCGUGGGCACAGUCAGCGCCGUGGGCACCGUGGGCACCGUGGGCGCUGUCGGCAACGUGGGCGCGACCAACUCCGCUGUUGAAGCUGCGUUAAAGCAGCAACCUUCGCCUACUACUCCACGGUUGUCACCUCAGCAGGCAUCAACAAAUCAGUUGCUAGCGCAGCAGUUGACCAACCCACCGCAACCGCUUAACCCUCAGAAGAUGCAGUCCGCCAUAAUACACAUACAGCAUCCACUCAUGUCAUCUACUGGCACAUCACAGGUACAAAGUAUACAGUACACGAGUGCGGCGACCACACAACAGAAAGCCACGAUAACAAAGCCGAGAUCGACAAACCCAGCCAUAAACGCGCUUGUCACUAGUCUUAUGAAUUCGGCACAACAGUUUCAACAAGGUAAAGCGGCUAGUCAAAACGCUGCCAAAUCGGUCGUCAGUACAGCGAAUAACAACGCAACGAUACUCAACCUCCUGAACAGCGCGCCGGCCGCCAUGACACACGUCACGACAGCGGACAGCUCUCUGGACACACACAAACUGCUCACUCGCACUGUAUCCAUAUCGGGCGCGCGUCUCAUUGCCGCAUCCACGAGCGCUCACACCAUACCCACUUAUACGCAACAGGUAACAUACACGAGAGAGAACGACUCGACGAACGUGUCAAGUAGUGAGAGCGCGCUGUUGGAGCGGCUCAUGGGCCCCGAGCCGGCCGCGACACCUCCCUCACAGCCGCAGUCGCAGCCGCAGCCGCAGCCGCAACCUGUUUGUCAUUUGCAGGGUUUAAGCUUAACAUCGUUGCAAGGUCUACAAAGCAUCCAGGGGGUCCAGAACGUGCAAGUACAAAUACCGGGCCUGUCUGCGCCGAUAUCGCUGUCGCUCAACGUGUCGGGCGCGUCCAGCGGGCUGCUGGUGUCGGUGCCGCCCACUACGUCGGUGGUGCUGACGAACCAACCCUCAGUGAUUUCAUUGCCUAUAGCACAACUACAACAACUGUCGGGCAGUGUCAAAGGCGGCGUGAGGGGGAGUACGGUACAAGUAGUGCGCGCGCCGAGGCCUGCACGUUUACCCCGCCCUGCGCCCCGGCCUCCUCUACAGCCUACUGCCGGUACAACUCAGUUUAUAACUCAGGCGCAGACACAAGUAUUAAACGCGCAUCAAGUACGACGGAAAUCUAAUCCUGAUAGUUCAUAGUAAAUGUUUAAACCUUAGCCCACUGCCGAUAUAGUGAAUUAGAAUGUACAUAAUAGUUGCAUAUAAUAGAUGAAAUUUGUAUAAUAACUUAGAGAUCGAGUGAUGGAAAUCUGCGUGCAAUAUUGAUCAACAGAUCUCUAGCAGACUAAGUUUAACUGAAAUUAUUUUAUAAAACACUAAACACACAGAAGUUGGGGAGGAAGACAGAGAUUUUUGUAGCUUAAACUGAAAAUAAGCUUUACAGUGACGUCACUUUUGAUUUUGAAGUUGCAUACAAAAUAACUGGUCCGCCAUAUUGGAUAUAGGAUGACGUCAUUUACUAACCAAGAAUUAUUGAUAUCUAAACUAAACGCGUAUGAAAAAUUUCAGCUCACUUGUGAUAUUAGGUAUCGAUAUUCAGUUGCACGGUUUUAUUUAACAUAUAUGUUAAAGAGUUUAUAAAUUUAAAAACUAAAGAUUUUACGUUUGGAGGCAGCUAGAGGGCAUGAAGAAAUGCAAACGCGAAUUAUUUAAUUUUUUAAUGAAAUGUUUACAUAAAAUCUUUACUUGUGGACUGUCGACCAAGAUAUUCAUUAGAUAGCGAAUAUUCACCUCUUCUGGUAAAACUUCAAAGCCUAGAUCAUCGCUGAAAGAUUGUUGCCAUCGCUCUGCAAGAAACCGAGUAGUUUCCCAUCACUAUGUCGUUGACAUUCCUAUGAACUCAUAUAAAGCCUUUUGCUUCUUCAUUUCUUACAUCAUGGCUAGGGUAUGGAUCUCUCUUCCGAAGUCUGUGUUUCCUAUUUAUAAAACUAAGGUAUCUUUAAUCGAAAAGUGAAUAGUCGUUUUCUAGGUGUAACAAACACCUUAAGCCACAUCUUACCAUCAAAUGAGAUCCGUGCCUAUUCCAUAUAAAAAACUACUCUUGAUUCGGCGAUGUAUAUUGAUCGAAGAUUGAUCUGAACAGACAAAAAUAUGUAAACAAGGUAUGAAAUUAGAUUGGUGAUUGAUCUAUUUUAUUAGUAAUUAGGCCAAUGCUGGCGGCCACUUAACUAGAAAUAUUGUGUAACUUAAUAUCGGGCUUAAAAUAUUCUACAUUUACUUAUUACUUCAUUUUAUCGCAUUUGCGAUGCUUGGGACUUUGUUUAGAGACAUUAAUGACUAUAGUGUUUUUCAGAUAGCAUGGGUACGGUGACAAUUCGCUUCACUCUUGAAACUUUUGCUGCGAUUCACGAUAAUAAUACAUAUUAUGAAUGUCAAAACGCAACUCUUACCGUACCCAUGCUAUCUGAAAAACACUAUAAUGAGUUAUGAGUGGACCCACCCCCCGUCUUCUGUCUGUUUCUUGUUUACAAACAAACAAAUACGUAGCUAUCUUCGUCGUAUACAACUCAAAUACGCGCCGUUACCACGAGUUCCCACUGAGACUGAAAGAUUAGGGUAGAGUAACAACACUUCUAUUAAUAAACUGUCUAGUACUGACUGAAACGAAAUUUAUGGCCCGGUUUCAUAGUUUACAAAUUUACAUAGCAACAGCGCCAUCUAGUAGUACUUUUUGUAAUAUUUCAAAUAUACAGGGUGCUCGGGAAUAUUUCCCAAAAUUCUAGAAUUACAUUCUUUAAGGAAAAUUAAUUAAAAAUGUCCAAGGAACAUGUGUCCUAAAAUGAAUAGUUUCGGAGUAUAAAAUAUUUCUUUUGUAAAUAGAUCUUAAAAUGUGUCCCUUAUAACGUAUCCUUAUAAUUAUGAAGUAGCCAAGUUUUUUAAAUGCAAGGAUAGAUAAAGACGUGUGUUAAAUGGAUAGUCGGAACUAUCUGAAAUAUUUUGUAUUAAAACAUAAAAAGUUUUUAUUUUUUAGUUAAAAAAAUAUUACUUAUGCAGUUCGACUUCGAUAAGUGUACUCGUCAACACCUUGGAGUUAUGGGAAAUACUCCCGAAGUCCCGAGCAUCCUGUAUAAAGAUUGUUUGUGAAUAAAUCUAUACCGUGUCGUGUUCAUUAGAGAUUUUUUUUUUUAUUAUUUAAAAUCAAUUUUAAAAGUAUUUAAACAAACAGCCAAUGGAAUUUAGAAUUUUUGUAUUUCUGUCUUCCUUUUAUCACUAUCAGCUGCAGCAGCUGGCCUAUUCACUAUUUUGGUCUUUAUUAUAAACCUAUUAAAAUAAAUAACAAAUCAAUUGACAAAAUGUCAUCUACAUACUAUAUGAUAUCCAACAGUAAGCACCGGAUGAAAUUUUGUCAAAUUAUUUGUUUUUUUUUUAAUAGGUUGAUAAUAAAGACCAAAAUAGGAAAUAGGCCAGCAGACCACAUAUAGUCAACUUAUAUUACAAACCUAUAUAACAUAUAUAAAUAAACAUUUUAAAGUAAUUUUGAGUAAACCUAAUAUACUUUAAAACCAUUGCCACUGGAUAGGAUGGCGUUGUUUUAGAUGAAAAGAUAACACUCGUAGACCUUUUCCGCUCUGCGUUAUAUACCCAAGUAAUGAAUUUUAUAUUGGGUCAAAAGAGUGUAUUUUAAUCUACCUUUUUUUUUUUAAUAAAUUCUGCUAAUAAUGAAAUCGCACUUAUUUAUUACAUUGAAUUCUGAAGAUGAUUUUAAUUGCAUCGUUUUAUGUUAUUCUGUUUUAUAUACGUCACCGUAAAAUUGUAAAUACCGUUAGAUUAUAAUCUAUCUCGCGAUAUUGUAAGCCGUCGAAAGAUUGUGAACCGCAAUUACUGCUUACAAUUUAACGUGUUUAGAUUGUGAGCAUAUUAUUACGUAGAUUGUAAGGAAGAACGGAUAAAUAAUUAAAUAAAAAACCUAACCUAACCAUUGGUUUCUGAAUCAAGUUCCGGUUCUUUGGAGUAUUAUUCGGUUUACAAUAUUUCGACCGUUUACAAUCUCGCGAGAUAGAUUAUAAUCUAACGGUAUUUACAAUUUUACUGACUCAUAAUUACACAAUUAAAUUAUUAUGCAUGAAAUUUACGUGAGUCACAAAUGUAAUAGACAGAGAGCCUGCAAUAGCUAGACAUGCAGUGUGCACUUUAUAGAUGCAAAAAUGCACUGCCUACCCUGAGGAAUCAGUACGAACUUGUACUGGAAAUGGAAUUUUUAAUUUUGUACAAAUUUUAUUUUUAAAUUUUAUGCCUACUUUGAUUAAAAACAUUAUGCACGCCGCUGCAAACAUGCCUCAUUUUACGAAGACUAAAAGUAUGACGGCCUAUGCUCCUAUCAUAGACAAGUACGGUAGUCAAUUAUUAUAAUUAUAAGUAUAGUUGUUUUCUAAAUAGUAUGACGAGGAAAUGAUUCAAAAAAUACAUUUUUUGUACUCCCAUUUCGUAAUCUACGCUAUAUAAAACCUUAACCAUAUCACAAAGCUAUUCAUUCCUAAAGGUCGUUUGGUAAUGUUAAUUAUCACACAGGGGUAAACCGUGCUACCAAUACUAUGUUGUGCUACUAAUUAAAGCCAAUUAUAUAUCAUUCAUCUACUUUUAUUAGUUGUCUUUUAUCAUGGUUCUAAAAAAAGUAUUGUAUGCCACUCCACGGAAUUAGACAUUAUAGCACUCGUGCUGCAAUGACAGUGGCAUAAAUAACUAUUACCUAUAAUUAAACAACUGACGCACUGAACUUAAACCCUACUUAAAUUAACCUUCCAAAGCCAGUAUAAUUCGUCGUCAUCAACCCAUAUUCGGCUCACUGCUGAGCUCGAGUCUCCUCUAAGAAUGAGAGGGGUUAGGCCAAUAGUCCACCACGCUGGCCCAAUGCGGAUUGGCAGACUUCACACACGCAGAGAUUUAAGAUAAUUCUCUGGUAUGCAGGUUUCCUCACGAUGUUUUCCUUCACCGAUUGAGACACGUGAUAUUUAAUUUCUUAAAAUGCACACAACUGAAAAGUUGGAGGUGCAUGCCCCGGACCGGAUUCGAACCCACACCCUCCGGAAUCGGAGGCAGAGGUCAUAUCCACUGGGCUAUCACAGCUCUACCAGUAACAGUAUAAUUCAAAAUUCAUUUAUUUUAAUUAGGUUUAGUUUACAAGAACUUUUGAAACGUCCAGUUAUGAUGAUAUGAUGGUGGUGAUAAUUAAGGUACCACCAAGGUUCAAACACCACAUAUGCAGGCAUAUGUAUACCGUACUUACUCGUACCUAUUCUAGGAACUAACAGACUUUGAGUCUUCUUGAAAUAAGGUAUUUCUUGCUGUCACAGUCUCUAGGUCUAUAAUAAAUUAAUUAAUAAAAUAAACUGUUACUUUAUUUUAAAUGCGUGUUAAAUUGGAUCAUGACAAGAAUGUGACUAAACCAGAUCGCAAAUGCGUUCUCAUUUUUAAAUUGUAAGCGAUAUUAAGUAUGCGGUUCGUUUAGAAACAAAAUCCAAUAAUAUUAUAAUUAUUUUAAAAGAUUUUAUAUCUCGUUAGAAAUGUUUGUAUCAUUUGUAAAUAAUAAUAGGUAGUAAAUAAUAAAUAUUGUAUAAAUAUAAAUAGCAAUUAUGUAGUAUAAGUUUUGUAAAUAUAUAUAAAAUAUAAUAUGAAAUUGACUUUGUUGCAAAUAAUAAUAAUAAUAAUCAAAGAUAUUGUACUUAAUGAUUGUGUAUACUAACGUUUGACAUAUAAGAAUGUUGUGAUUUUUCUGGUUACUCUAAGAACAGGCGUCCACAGAUCCGAAUCGUACAUAUCAGACGCAUCGUAUUGAACGCAUUUUUUUAAUUUUACGGUAGAUUCCUGAAAUGUUGAUUAGUAGACGCACUUGUACGACUUUCUAUUCAAAGAAUCCGUUUGGUGCGAUCCGUCCGAUACGUAAGAUGCGGAUCUGUGGACGCCUGCCAUAAGUCAGUAUUAGCGUUGCUGUUCGCGCAAUUACAUGACCUUUAUGAUAAGGACACAUUAUUGACACGUCAUGUAUGUUUAGGAUGCCACGAGAUAUCUCAUGACGACAGAAAAAUUAUCGCUCUCUUUUUCGUUACGAUAGAGAGAAAAGAGAGCGAGAUUUCCGCCAUUAUUAUAUUGGUCGACAAUAUAUCCCUUUCCUCACGACAUAUAUUUAUCGUUGUCGCAUGUUAGGCAUACUGGAUCCAUUAUACUUUAAAGCGUUUUCAUAAGAAAGACAUACGCCUCUCCGACGAUAGUAAGAUCAAAUAUAGGGAAACCGUAGAUAUUGGAUAUGACGGUAGACUGACUAGAAAAUGCCACAGGUGCUCGUUAUCAGUUCCGUUUAUGAAAGAAAAAAGGAAAAAAUUAUUUUCGCUCGGUAAUUUGUAUAUAUUUGGACCAACGCUGUGCGUAAGAUGCGCGCUACGAUGUAUUUCAUAGAGAUAAAAAGACAUAGUCAACCAAUAGCGACGGAACUGGAAAUAUCGUUCUCUUCUUUUCGUCCCAUCGCUGGAAGCGAUGUUUCCGGUUUGCCGCAUUUGGUCGACAAUGUCAUUUUGUCUUCCGUAGAUAUGUCUUAGCACGCAUCAUAGACCUAGGCACGUAUCUGUACAGUGCAGGUCAGAAUAUACAGAAAUUACAAUAUUCAAGUCUUCAUUUAACUUAUGCUUGAAUGAUACCGUAUCCUUCGCCAAACACCAGUGCUGCCAAUAUUUUUCUCCAAAGAUUUUAAAACUGUAACAUAAAGUGGUUGUACACUUCAAACAUAUAUUUAAAUCAGUGUACUAAUUUAUAGUAAAGCUUAGGCUUCUGUAUCCCAGAUGCGGGUAGCUGACCAAUAUUUAUUAACUCCUUUGAAAAUAGCUUGAUGUUUGAGAUUUAGUCCAUCUCAUUGGAAAUAAACAUAACAGUUUUUUCUUUUGUAAAAAUUUACCUAAACAUACUUUUUGGUACUUCAUUAUGAGACCAAAGUCUUGUACAUUAAUUGGGCAAUUUUUUUAACAACAGCUGCUUUAUUUCGUGAUAUAUUAUUAGUUAUUUACCUUACCUCAGUAAAUAACUAAAGACGCUUUGAAAAAUGUUUUUUUUAGACUCGGCAUCAAUAAAAGUCACUCUUGUAUAACUAUCAAAGUUAUUGGGAUACAUGGCAACGUGUUGAUAUUUUGUUUCUAUCUUUGGGUAAAUAUGAAGUACAAUGUACGAUAAAUAAUAAUUAUUUAUACAUUUUGUAAAUAUGUAAUAUACUCGUAUAUAAUGUCACAGGAUAAAAGUAAUUGAAUGAAAGAUGCUUUGGAAGUUAAGUUUUGCUAUGUGUUCAAGAUGUGGCACUUUUUGAAUGCUGCUGUAAUUAAAUGUACGUAUAAAUAAUGGAUUGAUUAUGGGAUUGACUCAAAAUAAAUAACAUUACUUGCUGAUUAUGGAUUGUUUUGAAAACAUUUACUCGCACUGAUUAUGAAAUCAAUAUAUAAUUACAUUUAUAUUGUAUAUCCCUAAAAUGUAUAAAUACAUUUGAAAUGAUUUGUUUUGAAUGAAUUUAUUGGAAAAUUUACGUUCGUUCGUUUUUAAUUAUUAUAAUAUCGUGGCCUAGCCACUAGGUUUUCAAAUGUCUUUGUAGUGGUUUUGAUAAAGUAGUAUAAUUAUGUGUUACUUAAAAUUAGAUCACUCGUAUGUCAUGUAUACAUUUGUCAAUUCAAUUAUGGUUGCCAACCGUUCCGUAUAAAAUUUUAUUUAAAAAAAUUAAACGACCCGGUAAAAAUCGUUGUAGGCAGAUCAGGAUUAGUAAAUAAUUCUGGUUCCUACUUCAGCAGAUUUGUUUGUUAAUGAAAGAUAUUUAAUUUGUAUUAUCAAAAAAGUGGAGUGGACCACGAUCUAAUAUACUAUUUUUUAUUAUAUCACUACAGAUUCAUAAAAACCAGCCUGCAGUUUUUACUUUAAAUUGUAUUUUAGUAUUGUCUCAAAUAUCCGAAAUACUACUACAAAGACCAGUUAAAAAGCAAUAAAAUGUAUUCCUAACAUAGAUGUUAAUAAUAUUAAUAAUAAAUGUUGUAGUUAUUCGUAUACAAAAGCUAACAACUGCUAUACUUACUCUUGUUUAAACCCUAAAUAUGCCUACUAUGUAUACUUUUAAUUAGGAAUAACAAACAUCGAAAAACUAUGUCAGUAAACGUUUUGUUAAACAUUAGUAGCAAUUAUGUAAACCGUGCGUGCGGCAAUUUUCUUACGUACUCUUACUCCAUUCUGCACUUUACUCUCCUCUCUCUCCACUCCAGUCACUCCACUCUCUUCUGCUCUUUCUCCGCUCCACUCUGCUCUUCCAUUACCAGAAUAAAUUGGAUCUUGUGGUGCUUUAAAAUCGUAGUCUAAAUCUAAAAUCGUUGUACGAAUAUCAAACUUUGUUGUACGAUUAAUGUUUUACAGGGGAUUCUUUUCACAUUACAGAGCGUAGACAAAAUACCCCCGUGAGCAAUUUAAUAUCAAUGUUAAUCGACUUUUCCAAAGACAUUGUUAAUUGUAGGCUAUAAAAAUAUCACGUGUUAGCUUGCUAGUUAGAUAGCUGCAUGAACUUUUCACGACUCAUUAUAAAAAAGAAUCAUUGUCCACCAUACAAUGAUUUUGUAUUUGGUCUAUAAUGCUAAGCUGAAUUGUGGAUUAGGAUCCUUGUUAAGAAGAUGUUCUUUGGUAUCCUAAAAUAAUUAUAUAAUAUGUCAUGUCAACUAGAAUUACUUCAAACCAUAUCUGUUUAUCCAUAAUUAUUAUUAAAUGCUGUACGCACAAUUUCCAUGUCAAUGUAUGAUUAUUAUUCAAGCUUGCAUGCAUGGGAUCCACUUGAUUGCGUUAAACUUUUGAAGAAUAUGGGCAAUAGUUUUGAGAAGGUGUUUGAUUAAACUGCAUUUUGUGCUUUCAAGUUUUGACAUUUAUUUCAUUGGUAUUAAAAAGUACGUUACCGAAAAAAUAUAUUAUCACACUUACGUACUAUUACUAGUACGCGACUAACUAAGAUAUAAAAUGAUAAUUUUUCGUGUACAACGCAUCCCGUCGCAACGAAAGAUAGAAGCUUAUUCGUUAUUUAUGCUAUCUGUUCGUUGCGAUGGGACGAAAGAGACGAGAGAUACGUAGAAAAUGUUAUGUUAUGCUUUCAGGUCCUAAUGUAUUAAAGACAACAAGAAAUUUUAUUUCGUACAUAUUUUAUGCUUAUUAAAUUAGACACUUCUUCAAAAUACGCUACGCCCUCUAAGAAAUUAAAUUAGAUAAACGAUUAAUGGCCAAUUUACCCAUAUUUGUAUGUAGUCAAAAACAAUAUUUUAUUGUAUUAUUCAGAACAAAAUAAAUUAUUAUAUCAUAUAUCAUUAACUUUUAACAUAAGAGGUAUUACCCAAGGCAUCCUUGACUGACAUUCGAAUAAGAGGUGUAUGUUUGCAUUUGAAAUGUAACACGCAUGAUAUUAGUUCUGUGACGUAAUUAAUGAAAUAUGAUCCUUGUGCGUAGACAGAAGAAGAAAUAGACAACUGAUCAGCGUCCCGUUGUUAGUUAUUUACAGUGUGACACAAAAUAGUAGAAAGUAAAUAAGGGCGCUUUAGUCAUUUAUUGUGGUUCUUAUGGUGACCCUGUGUACUGUCAUUCACCGGGACUGCAAUGACCUUGAUACUUGAUAAUAAUUGUUAAUUUGUUUAAAGGGUAUGUAAUGUUAUGUUCUUAUUUUAAAUAAGAUAAUCUGUUGAAAAUAAUAAUAGUAUCUAAAAUAAAUAAAUUAAUUAGUAUAUUUAGAAAAUACUUACAAAUCAUGAUUUACAUGAUUUACAUUUAUUAAAAUUAAAAGAAAGUAAAUUUCAUCUAAAUAUUUAUUGUAAUUCGUCUGGUAAUUAUCCAAUUUUUUCCUUUCCAAAUUAUCCAAUUUCCACUAUGAUUUUAAUAGUCAGUCUGAUAAAACCACCAAUUAGUUGCUCUAUAAUGACCGAUCUUUGCGUUAAUGACAUUAAUUGUGGAGUUGCCACACAGAAAGUUUAUAAGUUCCAUUUUUAUUAACUUCUACUUUAAUAUGUCGCACUAUUUAUUCAAUUUUGACCUAAAUAUUUUUGUACCAAUUUAAUAUUUUAAACUAAAUGGUUACUUAUAUUUUUUGCAAAACAUGACAUUAAUGUUGUGGUUACACUACGUUUAUUUUAUAUUUAAAAAAAUGUCAUAUUGGUUCGAACCGUGCCAUACGUCAUGACACCGAUUAAAGAAUCGCUUUGUUUCGUUUAUUUACAGUCCACAUUGUUAUUGUUUACAGUCCACAGAGUCCACAAAUAAGUUCUUAUUUUUGGUGGAUGCUGUUCAUUUGUCUAUUUAUUUCUCAGUCUACGUCCUUAUGUAAUAUAUUAAUUUAAUUAAAAUAUUUUGUUUAAACUAUUAUACUUACUUGAUAUGUUACUGUUAACGAAUGCAAGUGUCGACUACGUAAGUAGCUGAUAAUCGUGCGAAUUGUUGAUCUCAUUUGUUUAUGAACGUGUAGCUCAAUAUGUAUGUAGGGAAUAUUUUUUUGUAUAAUAAACUCAGAAGUUUAUCAAAAUGUAAAUGUCUAUAAUAAGAUUAUACUACUAAAAUGUACAUAUAUUAUUAAAAAUAAAGAAUUUUUAUACAAAUAAUCUAAUUUUGUCUCUCAGCUGUAUAGUAUCCAGUGUCAGUAAUUUUAGUAUACCGUUUAUUGUAGUCUAUGUAAAUAUUCCUUAUAAUUAAAAGUUGUUAUAAGCAAAAGUUACGCUUAUGACGGUAAAUAAUAAAAUUUAUAUUAAAGCGUUGACUUGGAGUUAUGUAUAAAUUGAUAUUGUAAAAAUUGAGUAUGAUGUUCAGAGAUUGACGUUUUGAACAUGAAUAAAUUAACUUUUCUUAAUUUAUAAUAUUA